CGGACGGACCCAAGGCGGCUUUAAACGGCCCGAUCCCAAAUGGCGCUGAGAAUAUCGCCUUGGCUCUGCUCCCCUGCGCUCCUCCUCACCGCCUCGAGAGCGGACGCUGCUGCGACGCUGCUCGCCGGCGCCGGAAAUCUUCGCCCGAUGUCGUCGUCGUCGCCGCUGUCUCCGUACACCACGCUGAAGGAACGGGCGACCUGCAAGCGCGAGAUAAAGAAGAGCAAGUUUAUCGCCAUCGCCGCCCCCAUCUCCGACGAGCGCUCCGCCCACUCCUUCCUCUCCGAGGUCCAAGAUCCUCGAGCUACUCAUAAUUGCUGGGCCUACAAGCUUGGAGAGCAAUACCGGUAUAAUGAUGAUGGAGAACCAUCAGGUACAGCUGGAAAACCAAUAUAUUCAGCCAUUGUCUCUUCUGGAAUUGAUAAGGUGAUGGUUGUUGUGAUCAGGUAUUUCGGGGGUAUAGAGCUGGGAACUGGAGGAUUGGUCAGGGCCUAUGCUGGUGUUGCUUCAGAAUGCCUAAAAGGUGCUGCAACUUGUGUUGUGAAACCCAAAGCUCCAAUUGGUAUGGAGAUUCCAUUUGAUUUGUUGGGUGUAGUGUAUCAUCAGCUGAAGCAUUUCGAAGUUGAGGACAUCAAGCAGGACUAUGAUACUGGUAAAGAUGGUAUCACUAUGGUCACCUUUAAAGUAGAACAUGACAAAAUUGAGAGCCUGGAGAAUGCAAUUAACUCCAUUUGUAGCAGAAAAAAUUGAGUUCUAUAAACGUUAACACGGAUUUUGUUUUUUUUUG